CCCCUUGAAAUGCUAACAUCUAACUUAAAAACCCAUCUUCUUCAUUCAUCAAAUUUUCUCCCUGCUCAAUUAGCGUGCCGUGCUUCUCUCUCUCUCUCUCUCUCUGCCGAUAAGCCUCAAACACAAACACAAAUCAUUAAAGUUUAACUAGCAUUCGGAUCUCAGUUCACUAAUGAUCACUGACUACAUUAAAUUAUAAUAUUGUCACUUUUCUUGUUUUUAGAUGGGUAAUGACUUCAAAGGGUGACAUAAAUACUUUCAUGGCUUCACUUAAUUCACAUCAAAACUUCUCCACAACCACCACCAUCUUGCUUACCAUACUUCUUCUUCUUCAUCCAUUGCUUCAUCCAGUUUCUAGCUCUAAUAAGCUACAACCUUCAACUCCUCCACAGGAAUUGUUAUUUGAGGAGAAAAACAAGUUAGGUUCAAUUCCUCCUAGUUGUCACAGCAAAUGCAAUGAGUGUCAUCCAUGCAUGGCAGUUCAAGUGCCAUCAAUGGGUAAUUUUCCUCUUGAUCUAAACAAAGUUUCUACUAUGGAAAGAAAAUGGGUUACUCCAAUAUCUUUACAAGGUAACAGUUACUCCAAUUACAAGCCAUUGGGGUGGAAAUGUCGUUGUGGUGACCACUUCUUCAACCCUUAACUCCAUUCUGUAGAUCAAUGGGAGAUUUUCCCCAUCUUAUCAACUUGAUUUGUAAAAUGGAAAUUACCCAUCCUUUUUGUUUAGUGGCUAAGUUAUUAAUUAAUUCUAUGAUAUAUAGUUGUGUUUUCAUUAAUUAGUACCGUCUCACAUUAAUGUGGUUAUAGUUUAGGGUCACACAUAUGUGUCGCUUGCGUCAGCAUUUAUUGUAUACAAGUUUCAUUACAUUUACUUGUACAAAGUUUGUUAGAGGCCUGAAUUCCUACUUUAUGCUAGCUGCAUCUAUGUUUUGAGAAA